AUGAUAGCCACGUACAGAAAGCUGCUCCGCGAGGGCGCAUUUAUACUCUGCGAGCGUGCAGAACAGUAUCCUCAAGCGGAAAAGAAUCCUCGUGCGGGCUCUUUUCUGCUCAGCGUGCACAAAUGCAGGAAUGCGAGCAUGGGCUGGGAUGAGCGCUCGCAACUGCUCAUCACUCGCUCGAUCUUCAAGAUGAAACAUCACCUUUUGGAAAAUCUUUUGCAAAAGUUACAGCAGGUAUUCAGCGCAACAUCACUGGAUUUGGAUUACGUGGAGUUUCUUUGUCAUCAGGUGCUGUAUAUUCUGGAGGCCCUAUCUAAUAACAUACAAGUACCCCCUGUUAUCACCCAGGCUUUGCAAGAGUUCUUUGACCUUGUGAGGGCACAAGUGAAAUGUCCAGCCCCAUGUGUCAGAGUGGAAGUUGCUGGCACCACAGAACGACCAAAAAUUUUGGUUGAGGAACAACACCUGAAAGAAACGCUCCAUGCUCACCUUCCUGUGUGCUGCAUAGCUACACUGAUGGGUGUUUCAAGGAACACAAUUUUCAGACGCAUGAAAGUAUAUGAGCUCUCUGUCAGGGACAUGUACAGUUCUAUCAGUGAUGAAGAACUGGACAUUUUGGUUGCUUCUGUCAAGAAUGAUUUACCAAAUGCAGGCUACAGGAUGGUCAGAGGAAGACUGGAGUCAUUGGGCCACAGGGUUCAGUGGAGAAGAGUUGCAGCCUCUAUGCAUAGAAUUGAUUCUAUGGGCAUCAUCUCAAGGUUGUCAAAUCUUGGCUGUGUUGUGCGCAGAGUGUACUCUGUACCAGGGCCCUUGUCUCUGGUACAUGUGGACACAAACCACAAGUUAAUAAGAUACAAUAUUGCGAUAUUUGGAGGAGUGGACGGUUUCUCCAGAAAGAUAUUGUACUUGAAUGCAGCCACAAAUAACCGUGCCACAACGGCAUUUUCAUUCUUUCUGGAGGCAACUCAGCUGCAUGGUUUACCCUCAAGGGUAAGAGCUGACCAGGGAGUGGAGAACGUAGAUAUUGCUCGGUUUAUGUUCACUGUCCGUGGCAAUAAUCGGGGAAGCUUCAUCUCAGGAAAAAGCGUCCACAACCAAAGGAUAGAACGGUUAUGGCGGGAUGUGUGGAUCUCUGUAUCUUCAAAGUACUACCUUCUUCACUCUCUUGAGGAAGAUGCCCUCCUGGACAUUUCAUGUACAGAUGACAUAUUUUGUGUGCAUUAUGCAUUUCUUCCAAGACUCAAAAGAGGCUUGGAGAUAUUUACUCCAACACAGAUCUGGGAGAUUGCACAGAUGCUGAACACUAAUGUACAUUCUGAGAACCUUGAAGACCUGCAAGAACCAGACAUUGACUGGGAGACUGCUGUAGACUUUGAGCGUCUUGACACAGAAAGUGGUAUUGUAGUGCCUGAAUAUGAAUUCCCUCUGACUGUGGAAAUGAUGAAUGAACUACAGACUUUGGUUGAUCCAUGGGUGUGCAACUGGGAAUGUGACUGA